AUGACGCUUUUUUCUGAGUUUCUCAUUAUUGGUUAUAAACCAGAAGAAUAUAAAGACACUGAAAUAAUUGAGUACUUUCACAUUAAUGGGUCAAGUCUUCCAGAUUAUCUAAGAAAUUUAGGCAUCGUAAUAAUUAAUUUUAAUAGCAUAAUAGAUGUGCUUUACAAGUGGUUUUGAUGCUAAAUUAGAAUAAGAAUAUUAAAAGAAAUAAGAUGACAUUAAUAGCAAGAAUUAUUUGCAUUAAUUUGUAAUCACUGAUCAAAAUGGCUAAUUACGAUACUGCACUUCUCUGGUAGUAUAUGAAAGCUAGAAAAACGAUUUUUAUGUUCCCUUUGCCUAUGUGAUAGUUUCAGAGUAAUCAAACUUGAUGAGGUAGAAAUCUUACAUGAGAGCGCUAUAUAAUGGCAUAUUUGAUAGAGUCACUGUAUAAACUAAUAUUUGAAUAUCAAUAGAGAUAUAGAGAUCGUGGAUGGCAAAUGGGAUCUUAGAAAUUAUUUAAUCAAUAAUUAUUUGAAUUCUAUUUGUCUAUGGGAAUUACAAACUUGAAUGGAUUGUAUUAUAUACCUAAGCAAAUAAUGAGGACAAGAUAAGAAGUAAUAACAGAUUUAAUGAUUAACAAUCCUCACAAUAAAAAUAAUCUCUAUAAUAAGGACAUCAGUUUCAAUGUUUUAUUUUCGAAAUUAUCAAUAAAAAGUAUAAUUAAAGUGGUUUAAUCAAUAAUCCUUGAAAAAUAAAUUAUUUUAUUUACAACGUAAGUUUGGGAUUUGGCCACAAUAACUGAGGCAUUCUUGCAAUUUAUUUAUCCUCUAUAAUGGAGAUGCAUUUAUAUACCUUAUUUACCAGGAGAAAUGUUAGAUACUCUUCAUGCUUCAGUCCCAUAUAUUAUAGGAGUUCAUUGUAAUCUUAAGGAACGAGUAUUGAUAUAAUAUGAUUGUCUUGAUAAAGUUUUGGUUGAUUUGGAUUAAGAUAGAGUCAUUGGCAGCAAUUUAGUAUUUAGAUCUAUAACUUUAAUUUUAGAUUUUACCUUUCCCAGAAUAACUAAUCGAAAUCCUAAUUAAUUAGAGUUCCAAAUUCUCUUAUUGCGAUAAUGUAAUGUAAAUAUUUGUUAGUAGGCUGAAUUGUUAUAAGUUUAAUGCUGUUUCCUUAAGUUUUAAUUGUAACUUAUCAAUAACAUCAUUCCAUACUUUAUUUAUUCUGACAUACUUCAAUAAAAACCAAAAAUAGAAGAUAUUUUUGAUAAAGAUUUGUAUAUUGAAUAGUUUGCUCCACUAGACUAAGAGUUCUAUAGAGAAUUUGCCAACAAAACUAUGGUAUUCUUAUAUUGAUAAAAUUUAUAGAUGUUUCCACGAUUUAUUGAAGAAUCCUAUCAGUAUUUACACUAAAAGCAAUUCUUGAAAUUAAAUAUCAAACCAAACAUUUUCAUUGAUUUACUCUUAUUGAUCAAUACUUCAGGGUAUUUCAAUAUUUAUAAAUUAUAAAAUAAAGAUUUUGAAGCUAAGUUAUUCAGUCUAAUAACUGAAUUUAAUAGUUUGAUUCCAGAAUAAGAGAAAUCAAUUCAUUCAUUAUUUUCCUAAUAUCAAAAAUAAAUUAAUGAAACUAUUAUUCCUUAAAAGAAAUUCCCUAUUCUCUAAAUUGAUAAAUCUAAGAUAGUUUAAAUAGAUGCAACUUAAUGUAGUAUUCAUUAAAACUCAUUCAUGUAAAGAAGCACUCAAUCAUAAAAAACUGAUAUCGGAAAUGAAAAUAAGUAGGUUAUUAAUAUACUUACAAUUAAAGUUCAUAAGAUAAAUCCAAUGUCUAAAUCAUAUAUAUAAAAUGAUGUUACUGCUUAGAUGAUUUUGAGAUAUCCAAAAAAGUCUUUAUCAAAAUUAAAAAAAACCUUAGCUGAUUAAUUGCUAAAACUAGCACCUGAAGUUAUUGCAGAAUAUAAACCAAUUCAAACAUCAUAAAUACUCAAUGUAAGACAAAGCAAGCGUAUAUUUAAUACUGAAGAAAUGGGUUACAUAAGUAUGUAUAGAACAAAAACUUACAACAUGUACUGA